GACGCUUUUACUAAGGCUCAAUCUAACAAACAUUAGUUCUGCAUCUACUGGGGAUUUAAAUCCCAGAUAAUAAAUUCUACAUAGACUCGUUCUGUUAAAGCUGUUAGAGAGAGAGCAAGAUCGAAAAUGAAUGAGACAAUAUCAUCAAGUACCACUUUCCGAAUAUGGUUUCGAACAGCAAUUCGACGAGCGAGGAGCUAUCGACUGGAUGCAGGAAAAUUGGAGCAGGGCCUUUGUGUACUGUGGCCUGUAUGCAGCGCUAGUCUUUGGUGGCCAACUUCUCAUGAAGGAAAGGCCUCAACUUCAUCUACGCGGGCCACUGGUUCUGUGGUCACUCAGCCUGGCCAUCUUCAGUAUUGUUGGAGCAAUUCGAACAGRAUGGUACAUGCUGCAUAUCCUCUCCACCAGCRGUUUCAGACRGUCUAUAUGUGACCAGAGCUUCUACAAUGGACCAGUGAGCAAGUUCUGGGCUUAUGCCUUUGUCCUGAGCAAUGCCCCGGAACUGGGUGAUAGUGUUCAUCGUACUCCGUAAGCAGCGGUUGUUCUUCCUGCACUGGUACCACCACGUCACUGUGCUGCUCUACUCCUGGUACUCGUACAAGGACCAGGUGGCUGGUUCAUGACCAUGAACUACAUUUACAUUUAAGUCAUUUAGCAGACGCUCUUAUCCAGAGCGACUUACAAAUUGGAAAGUUCAUAC